AUGUUCUCCUUGAAAUGGUUCAAUACUCCAUCGAUCGGCACAACUGAGAAAUCGCCGAGAAAACUAGAAGGACCAAUAAUGAAUAUGCCGGAUUUGGUGAUGAAAAAGAUUAUGGAAAAUGUUGAUUUUACCACGAUGCUGAAACUUCGAAAAGUGUGUCACUCGUUCCGAAACUUCAUUGAUGAAACGAAACUGGAUAAUGAUUUGGCAAGAGUCAAUAUCAAUGUGACACCGUCAGCAAUAUAUGCGAUUCUCAAUUUUGCUUCAUCAUCUAGGGAAUUUGUAUACUUGUAUUACAUCAGAUAUGGGAAGAACUGUUUGUUCAAAAUCAGAGAAGGAGGAAUUGAAGAAGCUAAACUCAUAAAAAACCAAGAUUUCGUUGAUGCAUUUUUCAACGACUUUGGUUUUAUUUUAAGAAACCAAUCAAAACCGUUGAAAAACAUGAAUAUCGAUAAAUUGUCAUAUACACCAAAUCACUACGACCAAGAUCUUAAAACUACGUAUUCAAUUAAUGAAUGGUGCACUAGUACACGUCAGUUAAAAGAUACUUUCGACGCUGGCAAGCAUCUGCGUGAGAUAAACAAGAAGUAUGCGUUGCAACCAACUGACGAUAAAUUUCAUGAUCGAUUUGAUUGCAUUCUGAAAUCAAGAGUAUCUCCCAUUCCUAUAAAAAAUCUGGAAAUGAGAGUUUUGCGACCAAGUUAUUUUUUGAAUAUGAUUCGCCUUAUUGAUAUGAAUCAGUUGAGGGGGAUUGAGAUAUCGAAAGCGUAUGAGGAGAACGAUGAUGAAGAUGGAAAACAGCUGGAUUUGAAUGAAAUCGUGGAGUUGGAUGUGUUCAAAUAUAUUCAAAACUGA